GACAGCGGCAAACCAUUCGAACUGUGUCGUUCGAAGCGUGCACUGCACAUUUAUUUGGCGCGAAGCUUUCACGGGAAGGGGCUCGCGCAAUUCAAAUCAAUUCCGAAACUAAUCGAAAAUUGAUGUAUAAUUUGAUGAGUGGACAUGCGAAGAUAUAUCAGCACUUGCAGUGAACAUCGAAGGUCGAUUUGACGAUAAACGUUGUGAUUUAAAAAGAAACAAACUUUGGUGGUCAAUUACUGUUAUACGAAGUGAAAUCCUAAACAAGUGAGCAACAUUUACCUGUGUGUGAAUUAGAGUGGAAAGUGGCAAAAAGGCGGAUUUAUAUAGCCUGAUUUCGGGCAGGUGCUACGUACAUACAGAACAAAAUACUUUCAGCAUCUGGGGAAUUGAGUUUGCUGUACUCAAAAGGCAUUGCCCUAUCGUAGGCAAAUACUAGCUUCACACUUUGCUCUCAACCGAAUCGAGCAUGGAGGACGAUUCGCUGAAAAAAGACGUCCGGAAGGAUUCCUUUCGGGGGGAAGAGCUGAACGGUGACGGCACCAAGGGCGAUGGAGGCGAUGGGGAAAUCACACUCAAACCUAAGAUGACCCUCGUCAACGGGGUUACGGUGAUCGUUGGCUCGAUCAUCGGAUCCGGUAUUUUCGUGUCGCCUACCGGGGUGCUCAUCAACACCGGCAGUGUCAACAUGUCGCUGAUCGUCUGGGUUCUAUCCGGGCUGUUCUCGAUGGUUGGUGCGUACUGCUACGCCGAGCUGGGCACGAUGAUCAAGAAAUCCGGUGCCGACUACGCGUACAUCAUGGAAACCUUUGGACCCUUUCUGGCGUUCAUUCGUUUGUGGAUCGAAUGUAUGAUCGUCCGCCCCUGCUCGCAGGCCAUUGUCGCGCUGACAUUCAGUGUGUACGUGCUGAAACCGUUCUUCCCGGAUUGCCAACCGCCCGAGGAUGCUGCACGAUUACUAGCGGUUUGCUGCAUUUUGGUCCUGACGUUCGUCAACUGUUGGGAUGUGAAGUGGGCAACUGCCGUCCAGGAUAUCUUCACUUUUGCCAAACUGUUGGCCCUCUUCGUUAUCAUUGGAACCGGAGGGUACUAUUUCUUCAAAGGCAACACCGGAAACUUCACAUUCGAUAACACGAAAACCGAGGUCACUUCACUGGCCCUGUCCUUCUAUUCUGGACUAUUCGCCUACAACGGAUGGAAUUACUUGAACUUCAUCAUAGAGGAGCUGAAGGAUCCAGUGAAGAACUUGCCGCGUGCCAUUGCCAUCUCGUGCACCCUGGUCACCGUAGUGUACGUCCUCACCAAUGUGUCCUUUUACUCCGUGUUGACACCGGAAGAAGUGCUAGGUUCGGAAGCUGUAGCGGUGACCUUUGCCGAUCGGGUCUUUGGCGUUUUCGCGUGGACUAUUCCAGUUUUCGUGGCGCUGUCGACCUUCGGAGCCGUUAAUGGAAUCCUGCUGACGUCAUCGCGACUGUUCUAUGCUGGCGCCUGCGAAGGACAAAUGCCCGAGAUUCUGACCAUGAUUCAAAUCCAACGGCUGACACCAACUCCGGCCGUGCUGAUAAUGGCACUGUUGUCGAUGAUGUAUUUGACUGUGUCGGACAUUUUCGCGCUUAUCAACUACGUAGGAUUUGCGACUUGGUUGAGCAUUGGUGUCGCCGUCCUCUGUUUACCAUGGCUCCGGUGGAAACAACCUAAUCUAGCCCGUCCGAUCAAGGUGAAUCUACUGUUCCCAAUAUUCUACCUGAUCGCAACAGUAUUCGUCACAGUCGUUCCUAUGAUUGCCAGCCCGGUGGAGACCGGCUAUGGAGCGCUGAUGAUUCUGUCCAGUAUUCCCGUCUACUUCAUAUUCAUCUCGUGGCGAUCUAAACCUAAGUGGUUCCACCAUUCCAUGGGCGGCGUCACACAAUGUUUACAGAAGUUGAUGGUGGUGGUACGACCGAAACAGAAAUAAGUUGGCCUGUUUCGCGCGCCACACAGUCGGAAAAGUGGGCAUAACGCGAUUCCUGCAGAAAAUGCUCAUGGUCGUUGGCAAGGCCAAACCAGCUCAGGUUUAAACCGAAUCAUCAAUCGAGGUAGCAUAUAAGCACACAUCAAGUCAUGCACACAUGCAUUAUAAUAUGUAAUUAGAACAAUUAGUAUUGGUACCAGCUAGAACGCAUUCCAUCGGAGAACCGCUUUUUUCUAGAGGCGCAAUGCCCCGGCAAACACGAAGCGGACAAACUCUGGAACGACGCAUCGGAUGUGAGGAAUAAGUUGUUUCUCCAUUUAGGGCCGCGGACGGAUGUUCGUUUAGCAGUUAUGAUUCGUUUUAAAAGUUAUGAUUGUAUUUUAGUUUUGUUUUAAAGAUUAACCAUUUUCCAUUAAGGCUGUUUGUAUCAGUGAUAUGUUCCAACUGGAUCAUUCCUUGUGGUAGGAUUUUUAGUAAACCUUUCUGUACGAGUAUUUGUUUCAUUUUAUGUUAUGUAUACGGUUAGGUUGUCAUGUCGCUCAAUACAUUAUGUUCCUUUUUUGAAUGAGUUCAUUUGGCUGAUUUAUGUACGAGAGAAAAAAGACCAAUAGUCGAAUAGUACACAAAGAAGAAAAACUACCAAUACAGUAAGUGUUCAUUUUUAAUGACUGAAAUCUUUCGUUAAACUGUUCUCAAAGUUUUGUCCGGAAAAUGAUUCAUUCUUUGAACGAAACGCAUUGUUGUGAUUUCAAAUUUUUAGUUAGAGUCAAUUUUGAUUCAGACACAAAUUAGCAACAAGUGCUUCGAUUUCAAAGAAUGAACCUUUUAUUGAACAGUUUAGUAGCACAUAUCAUGAAAACCCGGAAUCUCAAACAAAAGCUUAGUGUGUUAUAAGGCCUAUUACAAUACUUUCGUUCGAAUAUUUUCAAAUUAUCCUCAACUGUUACUCAAAUGGGGAACCCUAAUAUUAUUCCUCUUGGACAGAUUUAAAAAUCCCAACUUAUUCUAAAGAAAAUUCAAAUUAUAAAUGCGCAACGUAAUCGACUCAAAUUUUAAUCGGUAAUAAUGAAUGUUUUAUGUGUAUUUCAUUCGAUGUACUGUCCUACCACCUUAACGAAAAUCAAAACCUGUUGAAACGAGGGACACGUCAUGUUACUAUUACCUGCCAAAAAGCAUAGAAAAUUGCAUAUUCAAAGGCCAAUUGUUUUAGGUAGGCGAUAGGUGUUCCGUACAAAUAGUUGAUGCUGAAUAGUGAUUUGUUUAGCCGACAGUCUGCUAAAAGGUUAACUAUUCAACAUUGCCGUUUAACGGAAAACUAUUUAAAUACCCCUAGUAAGAGAUUGGAAAGCCUGAUUGGAAGGAAGAAUAAUAUUGUUGACAAUAAUAUAAAGUUUAGUGUUUAGUUUGUAAGAACAAUCUGUAAAAUGAUAAGGAUUUCAAGAAAUAUAGACAUUGCAUUUUACACAACAAGAAAUACCGUGAAGCAGUAAGAAAACGAAUUAUUAUAUGUAAAUGUAAUUAUCCAACAAUACACGAUGAAAAAAACAUAUACACUGUACAACUGAACAUAUGUAAAAAGUUCAAUCAAUUUAGACAUCUCCAUACAAUGCAUUCCAGCACAUAUACUAGCAUCAUAUAUACAAAGAGUGAUUACAUUAAAUGUAUGAGAUGAUGUUGAAGCUUUAGCUUGCGAGAAACUGAUGAGGAAAUAUGUAAUAAUACCUACAGGUGGAUUAGAACAGUUUGGAAGUUUGACAGAUUGCAACAAGCGAGAGAACGUAGACAUUAUUAGACAAUACAAAGUGAAAUAAAAUGUAGUAUUGCAAAUCA